AUGAACAUCUGCAAACAGUCAGCUAAGAAGUUUCUUGCAAGAACCAUGGCGACAAUUCCAAAGACACAGUACGGCUUCAAAUUCGAAAAGUCGCUCAGAAACAUUCGUUUGAUAGAGGACUUGCCGGUUCAAGCUCCUGCUAGCAACCAGGUGUUGCUUAAGAUCGAGGCAGCAGGUCUCUGCCAUACUGACCUCCACCUUUUGGAUGGUUUUGAUGCUGGUGACAAUUACAUCAUGGGCCAUGAAAUCUUUGGUCUGGUGGCUCUGAAGGGAGACGAAGUCACUCACCUUGAGCUUGGCGAUAGAGUCGCUGCUUUUGGUCCUAACUCUUGUGGUGUAUGCUCCAUGUGCCGCCAAGGAUACGAUAACGACUGUCUUAAAACCGAAUGGCUUGGUUUGGGAAACGACGGUGGAUACCAACAGUACUUGCUCGUUAAGAACCCACGUAACUUGAUUAAAGUUCCUUCAGAGGUUUCAGACCCUGCUGUGGCUGCCGUUAUCACUGAUGCUAUGUUGACACCAUACCAUGCUAUCAAGAUGGCUAACUUGACUCCUGCAAAGAAAGCUCUUUUUAUUGGAGCUGGUGGAUUGGGUUCAACCGGUGUUCAAAUUGCCAAGUUGUUCGGUGCCCACGUUACUGUUCUUGAUAGCAAGAAGUCUGCUCUCGACUUGGCCAAGCAGUUUGGCGCUGACGAGGUUUACAGUGAGCUUCCAUCAAACACUGCUGCUGGUACUUAUGAUGUCUGUCUCGACUUUGUUGCUAUCCAGAAAACGUUCGAAAUCUGUCAAAAGUAUAUCAAGUCUCACGGAACAAUUAUUCCAGUCGGAUUAGGUGCCACUCAUUUGUCGUUUGACUUGGGUGAUUUAGCAUUGAGGGAAGUCCGUGUCUUGGGGUCCUUCUGGGGCACAAGUAACGACAUCACUGAGUGCUAUGAAUUGGUCAAACAGGGUAAGAUUCAACCCAAGGUGACUUCCUUCCCAUUGAGGGAGCUCCCUGAAUGUAUCGAAAAGCUCAAGAAAGGUGACGUAAGCGGUAGAAUGGUUCUCAUUCCAUAA